GUGUACCUUUCGGACGCGUCCGGCGCGUCGCCGCUCGUGUACGCCGCCUCCUGGUGGUCCGAAUCGGACGUCGGUACGUACCUCUCGGACGUGCACGCGCCCAUCUGGACCAAUCUGAUGGCCGUCAAGGCGCCGCUCCACCGCAGCCUUUCGUGCAUCUACUUUGGCAACUCCCCCGCGCUUGAAGCGCGGUUCGGGAUGCCAGGUCCUUUUUGGGCACGUCACUACCUUUUCUACGUCAACGGGCGGCCACUGACGCUGAUCUACGAAGCCUUUUCCAACGCGUUGGAGACAUAUCUGGGGCCGAACGACCGUUGGACGGCGCCGUUCGGCCGGCUGGCUUGA